GGCGAGCUCCCCCUCCAAGUCGCCGAGCAGAGCGAAUCGACAACACGUACCGAGAAGCAGCGAAGCAAUGGCGAUGAGAUCGGCGAUCGGAGUGCUCCCCCGCCUCUCCCAAUCGUCCUCCGCCGCCGCGGCCCGGACGAGCUCUCGCCUCUUCAGCGACGGGAAGGGUAGGGUUCUGAGCGAGGAGGAGAAGGCCGCGGAGAACGUCUACAUCCAGAAGAUGGAGAGGGAGAGGAUGGAGAAGCUGAAGAAGAAGGCGGAGAAGGAGAAGGCCGAGGCAGAGAAGGAGAAGGCCGAGAAGAAGCCAGCGGAAUCCCACAAGUGAUGCAGCUGUCCACUUCCAUUAAAUUUCCCCUCUCUGAUGCUUUCUGUCAUGCUUUGCAUGUUUGUACAUUGGCGAUGGUGAUGGAUGAUAAUAAAUGCAUAUGAUCUCGGGUAACCAGAUUUGAUCAUACCAAUCUGUGACCCAAUUGUUCCAUUUGUUCCAUUUGCUGUUCUAGAGAUUGUGGAACUCUUUAAAUCCUUCCUAUGGAUUGAUAGUUUUCUCCUUGUACUUCACAGGCUGACACUUAUCUGUUUUGCGAUCAUUGGUGGUAUUGUUGUGAUUCUUAGCUUUUGUAUUUUAGAGCCUCGGUUGGCUACUCAGUUUCUACUUAUUGGCGAAGACAUACUAUUCA